ACUUCCCUCAUGUCCAGAAAAAUGCAUGCGCAAUGGAAGGAUUUCCAUAAACCACAAAUGGCGAAUAAGAGGACAAACAACAAACUCUUCAACGUGGAUGAAUACGACGUGGCAAAUCUCAACGUGCCACGUAAUAACAAGUCGAUAAAUAGCGAUUUAUACCAAGCGGUGUUCCCGAUCUAUCAUAUCAGCAAAUUGACCGGUGUAUUUCCAACAAGAUUUGUCCGACAGGUGUCUGGCAGAUAUCAAGGGCGAUUGAGCAUCGUCGAUAGCAUUUACAGUCUGCUCCUAUUGGCACUCCUGAUAGGCAUCGAGAUCUGGGCUUUCUGGCUCGAAGUCAGAUGUGGAUGGGAAUACAGCAUCCGACUUAAGUCGAAGACUACAGUGUUUACCACCUCAAUCGAUGUGUUGGGUGUAAUAAGUGUCACAGCCGCUUCCAUCAUCGGUUCUAUUCUGUACUGGCAGCACGUGCGAACUGUCAUCGAUAAAUUGGUUGAGUGCGAUAAGAAGAUGGGAAUCCUAUCGCCGAAGAAGCUGCAGAGGGUCACCAUCAUAUCGACGUCGGUCUGCCUCUCCUAUACCAUCAUUGCUUCCUCUCUUGAUAUCUACGCAUUAUGGAAGUACGAAAUAAAACAGAAUAAAGAGCUGUAUGAUGUGGGCCCAAUCAAACAUCUUCCCCUGUACUUAAUGUACAUCAUCCACGUUAUGAUGCAGCUCCAAUUCGCCAUCAUCGUGUACAACGUGGGCCAGAGGUUCUUCAGGCUCAAUAAAAAUCUCGAAAACAUCCUACAAAGUAGCAAGAUUACAAAUCAAUUUAUGAAAGAUGUUGGAUUAGCUGGUGAUAUACGAGAUCAAGAACAUCUCAUUACGUAUAUUCAACAAGAAAUGAUGGGAAAUACUCAACUGUUUCGUAAAUCGAAGAUCAUGGAUUCCACUGGCGCAAAUGAUAAUGGAAGUUUCAUGGACAAAAUAUCCAGGCUGUUGGCAGUACACUCAUCUCUAUGUGACACGAUCUCGCUCAUAAAUGACGCCUAUGGCGUUGUUAUACUCAUAAUUACGCUUGCCUGCAUAACACAUCUAGUCAUCGCGCCGUCCUUUUUGAUAUUAGAACCUGAUAGAAUGCGCGAACCUUUAUUCUUCACGGUGGAAACACUCUGGUGCGUCUUCCACACUUCGAAGCUGCUCGGGGUUGUGCAGCCUACAUAUGCCACUACAAUGCAGGGAAAGAAAACAGCGGUAUUGGUAAGCCAGUUGCUGUCAGAGAGUCAUGACAGGGAAGGCACGAGAAAAUUAGAAAUAUUUUCGCUUCAGCUUCUGCACCGCCCGGUAAUAUUUUCAGUGUGCGGACUUUUCACCCUGGAUCGUACUCUCAUCACUUCGAUUGUUGGCGCAGUCACAACGUAUCUCGUAUUAAUGGUCCAGUUCCAAAACGAGGACGACAAAAAGCUCGGUUUCGACAAUAUAGUGAAGAAUGCUAUGCAAAUCCUAAAGAACGCAACUACGUUUCAUAAUUUUACAGCGGGAAAGUUAGGUCUAUAAAUUAGU